UUCGUGGCGACCAUUCGGGUUCCAAACCCUCCAGUCCUCGCCGUUCCCGGUUUGCUUUUCCCUCCUCUCCAUUGUGUGUGUCUUAGACUGAUGUCAGGGCUGCACUCGCCGGUGUCCUCAGGCUACACAGCCGUUGUGUUUUGUAGGCACAGACAUGUCCUUCCGCAGAGGUGUCGUCAGACAGAGCAAAUUCCGACACGUGUUUGCGCAGGCCUGGAAGCCAGAGCAGUGCCUGGAUGAUGUGCGGGUAACACGUGUGACGUGGGAGGGGCCACUGUGCGCUGCCAACCCCAAGUUCAUUGCCAUCAUCGUCGAAGCUGGGGGUGGUGGCUCCUUCCUCGUGCUACCGCUCAGCAAGAGUGGUCGCAUUGACCAGAACACUCCAGCUGUGUGCGGUCACUCUGCCCCCGUACUAGAUGUACAGUGGUGUCCCCAUGAUGACAACCUCAUCGCCAGCGCAUCAGAAGACUGCACUGUAAAGGUGUGGCAUAUCCCUGAUGGGGGCCUGAGCAGCGCUAUGACCGAGGCGGCCGUCACACUUGAGGGCCACAGCAAACGGGUCGGGAUCCUUGCCUGGCAUCCUUCCGCUCUCAACAUUCUGCUCAGUGCAGGCUGCGAUAACGUGCUGUGCGUGUGGGAUGUGGGCACGGGAGAGCAGGUGUAUCGCCUCGCCGAUGUGCACAUGGACCUGAUCUAUAGCGUGAGCUGGAACCGUGAGGGCAGUGCCGUGUGCACCACGAGCAAGGACAAGGCGCUGCGUGUCAUCGACCCGCGACGCAGCACCGUGCUCAAGGUGAGAGAAAAGGCACACGAGGGCACGCGCCCCAUGAGAGCCGUGUUCCUGUCUGACGGGAAGAUCCUGACCACGGGUUUCAGCCGCAUGAGCGAGAGGCAGCUGGCACUCUGGGACACGGCCGACUUGUCUGAGCCCAUGAUCAUGCAGGAGAUGGACACGAGCAACGGAGUGCUCCUGCCCUUCUAUGACCCCGACACCAGCAUGGUCUACCUGUGUGGCAAGGGCGACUGCACGAUUCGCUAUUUCGAGGUGACCGAGGAGCCCCCCUACGUUCACUUCCUCAACCUGUACAGCAGCAAGGAGCCACAGCGGGGUGCCGGCUUUCUGAGCAAGAGGGGCGUGGAUGUCAACAAGUGCGAGAUCGCGAGGUUCUACAAGCUGCACGAGAGGAAAGUGGAGCCCAUCUCCAUGACAGUGCCCAGGAAGUCUGACCUGUUCCAGGGAGACCUGUACCCAGAUACGGCAGGCCUGGAACCUGCACUGCUGGCCGAGGACUGGAUUGCAGGGCAGGACGCGCCGCCCCUGCUGGUAUCCCUCAGUGGGGGGUACAGCACUCCCUCCUCAAAACAGCAGGAAGUCCUAAGGAGCCGCACAAAAUUGUUGUCCCAAGGGUCUCCUGAAAGCCCCAUGCAGUCCCCUGUAGGCUCCUGCAGUGCGGUCCCCCUGGAGAUGGAUGCCGAGGGGCCCUGUGUGGCAUCGCCCACACCAGGCAGUGUCACUGAUGGGGAGCAAGUGAGGAGAGAGGAGGAACGCCUGUGCGAUGUCCUGAAGGAGGUGCAGGCGCUGCGGGCUCUCGUUCUGUCCCAAGGCCAGCGGAUCGAGCAGCUGGAGCAGCAGUUGGCGCGCUUCGAGGAGGGCGAGGUGUGACAGCUUCCAUGGCCCACUGAGCUCAUCUACAACGGCGGGAGCCAAGAGAGCAGCCCACUGGGGGGCCGCGCAGCGCAGCAGAUGCCCAUUCUGAACCCAGAGGGACUCUGUAGUGGUGCAUUAUUAAUGCCGUGUGAUAGGGCUCUUUAUUCAGGUACUUGAUGUGAAUGUGUAGCUUUGAUAGAGAAGUUUGCUUGGAUGCAUAGCAGCACACAAACACGUGUGUCUGUGUGUGCUUUCAUUUACAUAUUUACAUUCUUUUCUUCAGCACAUGUAUAAUUUUUAGAUUGUAUGGUGGCCCUGUGAUGAGAUUGUAGCCUUGACCUGUAGUCCUGUCAUUCUUGUAUGUUUUUAUUCUUGUUUUAUUGUUGUCAGUUCCUCGCUGUGGUGUGAUGUGUGUUACGCCAUGUGUCUUAAUCCACAACCCAGCCUACACGCACUCCAUACUGUGUGACCAGUGGAACAGGUUAACAUUCAGAUACUGGAACUUCUGUUUAAAACAUUUUUGUUGCUGUCCGGGUGAAGUCUUGAUCCUGACAUGUAUGUAACUAUAUGUGAAUGUCGUCAUGGUGAUGGUCAUCUUUUUUUUUUUUUUUUCUAUCUUUUAUGGAUGACUGUAUUGUAAGCAACAGUGCACCUGAGUUGUCCUCACAGCUCCAGCAAACUGUAACUUGUGCAACAUGCACACAACACACACGUACUCAUCACAUAUGUAGGAAGCAAUCGGGAGAUACGCAGCAGCGUGUCAAGAUCAUCAGCCUUGUACCGAAAUGAGCGAUUAACAAUCAGUCCAUAACAGGUUCAUUUCACACGCCAUGGUCUGUGUGUGUGUGUCCUGUCUGUGGAUCAAACAUGAUUUUAUUCAGUCCUGGUCUUAAAUAAAACCACUUUCUAUAGUG